GCUGUGUGACGGCGAUAUUGCGUUUCAGUGUUAUGUUGUUCCUUUUGCGAGGAAAUUUUUGAGCCAGCAGUAAAUAUGACGAAUUCAGUGCCGGACAGAUGGUUAGACUACAAUCCUUUCGGUGAUGUAAUCAAGGGCACCAAAAUCUUAGCAUUCAAAGUUCCGUUGAAGGAUGCCAUAGCGAGAAAUCUACAGCCGCCCCAACGAUUUACUACAGCAACAUUGCUGCAUGCGUUUCCUCACCUCAAGUAUAUCAUCGACUUGACCAAUACAUGUCGCUACUAUGACAAAAAGGAAUUUACAAAUGCUGGUGUUAAAUACGAGAAGAUUGCUAUACCAGGAAGAAAAAUACCGACUAUGGAUAUAAUUAAAAAAUUCUUUAAAGUGAUGGAUGAUUUCACAUCAACAUGCGGUGAAGAUGAACUUAUAGGAGUCCAUUGCACACACGGUGUGAAUCGUACUGGUUAUUUAAUUUGUAGAUACCUCAUUCAGCAACUAGGUUGGGAUACUCAAGAUUCCUUAAAAGCUUUCGGAGAAGCACGUGGAUAUCCCGUCGAACGCGACAUUUAUCUCACCGCGUUACAGGAGGUUCAACGCGGUACGAAGAUCGACACGAGUAAAGUUGUAUUGACGCAGAGUCCUAUCAGUGUCACAGCUUCAACCAGAAAGACUCCGUCGAAAAAUCGCUCACAGUUGAAAAAUUUAGCAAACCGUCCGAUGGGGCCGCCAAUAUACGCGAUAUCGCGACGAGGUUUUGCAAAUGGCAGACCAUUUUCGUCUCAGAGAUUCGCCAGAGGUAUCGCGGGACCACCACUAUUCGGUCCAAUUCCACCACCUCCGUCUGGUAUGCCACCUAUUCCGCUAAUGAAUCCGCCGCUCUAUGGUCCCAGGCCAUUCAGAUAUGGACCACCACCGAUACGCCCGGUUCAGUCGAUGCCGCCAACGCCGCUCGGACCCAGUUUUCCGCGUCCGACUUUUCCACCGCGUAUGCCAGGUCCGCCGAGGAUGGCGGUUCCAUCGAGAUUAUCAGCUGGUCCAACUGCGCGAUUACCGCCACCGAAGAUGCCACUUCCGCCACCUCCACCACCACCAAAGAUGCCUCCACCUUCCAGAUCGAAACAAUUUCAAGCACAACAGAAGAAGCAGCAAAUUCGAAAUGGAAUCAUGGAACGCUCAGUAAAUAUUCGCAUAAGACGAAAUGGUCCAGUUAGCAACAGAACCUUGCCUAAAGCACACAAGGAACAGGAUUUCACUGUUGAUACGUUCGAGGAAAAUCUACUUACGACCUCGAAUGUCAUGCAACCACAACGACAAGCGAGAGGACGUUUUAAUCGAGCAAAGUGACCAUGUACUCGUUAGGAAUGCGAUGAUACUUAAACGAAGGAUUUUGCGUUUGACAUCGCCGUUAAAGCAGAGGUUCACAGUGUCUAAGAUAGCUUGUGUGCAUAGUCGCUGUCGUGAUGACGAACAGAGAUUUUCACAAUUUGCAUUGUGAUUAUUUUUGAACUUGAAUUUAGACAUUUAAUGAACCCAAAUAAAGUGCGAAUUAUUACGUCGAUAUCAAUAACAUAUACCUCCCGCAGAUACUUUUUUAUUUUAUGAAUAUAUUUUAUAUUGAA